AAGAUCAUAAACCAAAAGAUGCUAUUCAAACCAUGGAACGAUGGACCAGCUCCUCGUCAUACAUUUGAAGAUGAGUUUGAAGGUGACGAAACCAAACCAAGCCCGGUACCUGAAAUCAAGAUUGAGUUAAAAGAACAUGGGUCGAUUGAUUAUUUGAUCUUGGCCCCGAAAAAUAUAAGUGUGAUAAUUGAUUCCUUACCGCAACGUAAAGCAAUUGGUUCUAUAAGGGUCAGUUAUCCCGAAUUAAAAGUUCAAACAACAACUCAAGAAUCAACUGAAGACGAUUAUGAUGAAGACGAACAAUUGUACAAUGCAAUUCACGAAUCCAAUUCCAGCUCCAAGUAUAGUGACUUGGAAAUCCCAAUAAAUGUCUAUAGUGGCUCAAUUGCCGGGAUUGUUGUACCACAUUUCACUAAUGCUAUAACUUACAAUAUAUUAUCAAGAAGAAUCAUUGAAGCAUUUGAUUCAAUGGUAAAGAAAGACUGGAUUACCUUAUCUCCAUGCAGUAUCAAUAAUAACCAAUCUUUGAACAAAUUGAGUAUCAGCACUAGCAACUCCUUGUUAGAAAUGAUUCCAAAUUUGAAACCACCUCAUUUUAUUACUGGUAUAGGUGCGUCGAUCAUUAGUGAACUAAAUAAUUUGGGAGGAACCUCUAGUUUCAUACCUUUAGUGUUGAAUUCUGAGGGUCAGCCAGGGUUCGAAAAAGUCAGUAAUGAUGCUAUUGUUGAUUCAGGUUACGUGUUAAGCGAAAUCUUAAUCAAAGACCACUACAAAGAUGACUAUUUAAAGAAAAUUAGUUCAUCAGUUAGAAAAUUUAAUAGCUAUUCUAAUUCAGGAAUGUAUCUAUAAUUAUAUUCUACUUAAUAUUAACUUUUUGAAUUUUUCAUUGAUAAGUAACAAUUCCAUAAUACUGAAAUUGACGAACUGAAUGGCACUUGAUAACUUCUGGG